CCCGGAAUCUCGACCAACCAUCCAGCCCCCGCCCAGCAACAAUGUCUUCGGCCGCUAUUCAACGUGCUAAUCCCAACUCUGAGGUCGCCCGCCAGGGCCAGGCCCUCCAGAUCAACAUCAAUGCCGGCCUGGGUCUGCAGGAUGUCCUCAAGACCAACCUCGGCCCGAAGGGAACCAUUAAAAUGUUGGUCAGCGGCGCCGGCGACAUCAAGCUCACCAAGGACGGCAAGGUUCUGCUCAAUGAAAUGCAAAUUCAAAACCCCACUGCCUGCAUGAUCGCCCGUGCUGCCACUGCCCAAGACGAGGUCACUGGCGAUGGAACCACUUCAAAUGUGCUCUUGAUUGGCGAGCUCCUGAAGCAGGCCGAGCGGUUCAUUAGUGAAGGACUGCAUCCCCGAAUCGUCACCGAGGGCUUCGAGAUCGCCAAGAAGGAGGCCCUGAACUUCCUGGAAAAGUUCAAGCAGCCGCGCCCCAUGGACCGCGAGACCCUUAUCAAUGUCGCCCGCACCUCCCUCCGAACAAAAGUCCGCGAGGAGCUGGCCGACAAGCUGAUGGAAGCCGUCGUUGAUGCCGUCCUGGCCAUCUACGUCGAGGGCGAGCCGCUGGACUUGCACAUGGUCGAGAUCAUGAAGAUGAUGCACAGGAGCGACACCGACACCAGACUCGUCCGCGGUCUGGUCUUGGACCACGGCGCCCGCCAUCCGGAUAUGCCCAAGCGUGUCCAGGACUGCUACAUCCUGACCCUCAACGUCUCCCUUGAAUACGAAAAGAGUGAAAUCAACUCCAGCUUCUUCUACAGCAGCUCCGAUCAGCGCGAGAAGCUGAUCGAGUCUGAGCGCCGAUUCGUCGACGCUCGCGUUGCCAAGAUCAUUGAGCUCAAGAAGAAGGUCUGCGACGGAAACAACAAAGGCUUUGUCAUCAUCAACCAGAAGGGCGUCGAUCCCCUUUCGCUUGACAUCUUUGCCAAGCACGGCAUUGUGGCCCUCCGCCGCGCUAAGCGAAGAAACAUGGAGAGACUCCAGCUUUGCUGCGGAGGCGUCGCCCAGAACUCUGUCGAUGAUCUCACCCCCGAGGUGCUGGGCCACGCCGGCGUCUUCUACGAGCACGUCCUUGGCGAGGAAAAGUUCAGCUUUGUCGAGGACUGCGCCAACCCCAAAUCCGUCACCAUCCUCAUCAAUGGUCCCAACGCCCACACGAUUGCCCAGAUCAACGACGCCGUCCGUGAUGGCUUGAGAGCCGUCAAGAACGCCAUCGAGGACCAGCACCUCGUUCCCGGUGCCGGUGCUUUCCAGAUUGCGCUCCACGCUCAUCUCAUGAAGUUCAAGGACUCGGUCAAGGGACGCGCCAAGAUGGGUGUCCAGGCAUAUGCCGAUGCCCUGCUCAUCAUCCCCAAGGUCCUGGCCCAGAACAGCGGCUUUGACGUCCAGGAUGUGAUCGUCUCUCUGCAGGAGGAGCACGCUGAUGGCCACAUUGUCGGCCUUGACCUGAAGACCGGCGAGCCCCUGGAUCCCGUUGCCGAGGGCAUCUGGGACAACUACCGCGUCCACCGCCACCUCCUCCACUCAUGCUCUGUCAUUGCUGGUAACUUGCUGCUUGUCGAUGAGAUGAUGAGAGCCGGCCGAUCCAGUCUCAAGACCUCGAACGUCGAGUAAAAAUGCGCCUUUCCGCACACCAAGCCAACAAGUGACUGUAAAUUUCUCUACAUGCGAGUGUACCAUCCCCACACCUUCAAUAUAUGAUGCGACGAGGACGCCACGAUGCACUGAGGACCGCCA